AUGGAGCAACCAAGCAGUGAAGUCUGGCAGCUACCUCCACCAAUGGUAUAUAAGUUAAACUUUGAUGCAGCAAUAUUUUCAAGGAUGGAGAAAUCUGGUAUAGGAACAAUAAUUCGAAAUGAGAAGGGUGAAGUUAUAGCUGGUAUGUCUGCUAUUGGGCCACAGGUGGAUACAAGUGAGGAAACUAAACUCUUUGCGUGCAGAAGAUCUCUUGAAUUCGCUAUGGAUGAUGGUUUCACUAGAUUAAUGAUAGAGGGAGAUAAUAACAAUGUUAUGCAGGCUAUUUCUUCAGAUGUGGCUAACUAUUCAUUCCUAGGCAAUGUGGUUGAUGAUAUUCACCAUUUGAUGUCUGGCUUACAGUGGGUUACAAUUAGUAAGAUUAGGAGGGGAGGCAAUAAGGUAGCGCAUGUUCUUGCUCAACAUGCUAGAAAUUUAGAAUAUGAUUUGUAUUGGUUGGAGGACUCCCCUACCAGCUUUGGAAGCCUUGUAUCAAGAUUCGUUAUUAUUAUGAUUAAAUGA